AUGCCUACGAAUGUCCCCGGAGCCCUACGCCACUUGCUUGAGGAAGACCGGCUCUCCGCUGCCACCGCGCUCUUACAUGGUAUCGAUGGCACUCAUCGCCUUCCCGACCAGUUGUGGCUGCUAUACUUGAGCAAAGUGUGCUCUCAUGGUCACCAUUUGGGGUCGAUCAUGGUGUACCACCAGCUCAUCAGUCCUACAAGUCAUCCGCUUUCGUUAACUGCUCCCUACCCGUCAUCGAUUCCAUUUUUGAUUAAUCCUCAAUCCUUAAUUCAUUUGGCGACGAUUUUCGCUAACCAUGGCGAUUACGACCGAGUCAACGGACUAAUGAUCUAUUUCAAGCGGUACUACUCCUAUGUGUUCCAGCGUGACUGCCAUAAACAGCUACGCAUCUUAUUAGUGGAAGCAAUGGCUAAGGCGAACCUUGUUGACCGAGCCGUGGCGAAUAUGAACACGUUACUCAAAUACCACCAAGCGUCAGCAGCUGGGGGAGCCCGCUUGAACCGCUGGAUCCACACUGUGGGGGCUCAAGGAGUGCGCAACCGCCGAGCACUGAUCCAGGAGGGCUCAGAACUCGAUGAGCUGGACGACGAUAUCGUGCGAGCUGAUAGCCUCGGCGAAGAGUCGUGGCCGCUCCAUUUACCGAUCUACAGCUACAACGUGUACCAAGUUGUGGGGGUAUCCACUCCAUUGAUCCAUGGUCGGCUAGAAGUGGCUGAUUUCCCCCAAUUCAUCGGUAUGCUAGCCAAAUAUUUGACCGAUUCACCCGAAGCAAGCAACCCCCACCAGUUGGUUACGAAGAUGCUUGGGAUGGUGGAAGGGGCGCACCCCUCUUUUGUCAAUUACGUUAUCGCCGCCGUGGCCCCGAGCCAUCCGAGCGAGGCGUUCCAAUUGAUACGCCGCCUCUAUCUCAGGGAUCGCACGCUUUCGCCGCCGACAAUGACGACAUUGGCCACAAACAUGCCCCUCGAGUACUUGGACCAAAUCACCGAGUUGUGGAGAGCUGCGGCGCCCCACACGGCGCUCCCCGCUGGCUUCCACCAGCAGGUGAUCAAGAAGUACUUAUUCGAGGACCGGGUGGACGAAGCAGUGGGUUAUUCGAACCAAUUGAGUGCCCCCACCCGUAUUCCCAAGACACUCUACUACCACUACCCCCAACUAAAAACCGCGGCCAACAUCCUCUGUAUAUAG